UCAGCUGUAAACAAAACAAUGCUUAAUCGUUGUUAGUCACUAACUGUUGAAUGUUUUUAUAACACUAAUGAACUGAUUAAAACUUACAUUAUUUGAGCUGAUUACUUAUAUAUUUAGUGCAAUUAAAAAAAAAGUUUAUAGUAAAUUUAUUUUGUCAGCUAUUGGCACCCUUGCAACAGUACCCUACAACUCUCUGUACUAUUUUAUAAUUGGUAAUUUUAUUAUUAUAAAACAGGGAAUGGCUUGACAUAAUACUUUCAAUACAGAAUAUGUUUAACUUCAAAUACUAGUUUUCGCUUAUAUAUACUGAAAAAAGGAGUGAAAUCAAUGGAAGACAUCAAAGGUGAUUUUAAAAAGAAAGGCAGACAAAAAUUUCAAUGCGCUCUUUGCAGUUAUUCCAGUCCUAGGGCAGUCACCUUAAGCAGUCACAUGGUGACACACACAGGAGAACUGUUGUUCAACUGUCCAAUUUGUACCUUUCCCUGUUGUUCAGAAUUGGGCCUAAAGCGUCAUUCGAAAAUGCAUGAAACUGGGGACAAUUAUUCAUGCACCAUCUGCGACUAUACUUGUUCUAAAGCUGGCUUCUUAAGAAUUCACUUGUUGAAGCACAAGAAUAACACCAUUUAUACGUGUACCGAUUGUGAUUUUGCAUGCAUCAAGCAAGAAACGUUAAACUCCCACAGAGAAAAACACCAUUCUCUGUGUACAAAUGGAAAAAAUUAUUUGUGUUCUCUUUGUGAUUUUAGAUUCACUGCGCCGAGUCAUUUAGUCAGGCAUAUGAUGACACACACUGGAGAAAAGCCUUUUGCCUGUCUUAGAUGUGACUACAAGACAACGAGGGCAAGUUAUCUUAACAGACAUUUAUUGAGUCAUUUGGGAGUUCGUCCUUUUUCAUGUCCAGAGUGUGAUUACAAGUGUUCAAGAUCAAGUCAUUUAAAAACUCACAUUAUGACCCAUACUGGCAAAAAGGCAUUUUCAUGCCUGGAUUGCGAUUACUCCUGUGUCACUUCCAGCAGCCUGAGACUGCACAUGAUGUCACAUACCGGUGCCAAACCUUUCAUAUGUGACAUAUGCCAGUACUCUUGUAAAACGUCUAAUUGCUUAAAACGUCACAGAAUGAUCCAUACUGGAGAAAAGCCCUACUCUUGCCCAGAAUGUAAUUACAAGUGUAUUGAACAAUCUAGCAUGAAUAAGCACAUAGAAUUACAUAGAGGGAUCAAACAUUUUUUCUGUGACAUGUGCAAAUACAAAUGUAGUAGGAAAGCUCGUUUGAUAAAACACCAACGAACCCAUUUGAAAACAAGACCAUAUGCCUGUAUCGACUGUUGCUACACCUGCAGCUCUAGUUCUGUUCUAAAAAAUCAUCUUGACAAAUAUCACAAGAUUGAACCAAUAGAACAUGAUAAAGCGUAAUUUUCUUCAUUAACAAAGCACAGACUUUUUUAAUUGUAUA